AACUUCUAUCUGCAACCCUAUUAUAAAGAUCAAGUCCUUAAAGACUUGCGGAAGCCAGCUCUUGUAUGGCAGAUGUCUUGUUCUGAGCUUUGUUAUGUUGAAAGAAAGAAAGUGUUAAGUUUCCAUUUUAAGAUUUUGAUGUUUUCUGUUAUUUCCAAAACGCUAAAGGAAACUCAUUGCCAGUUAUCCAAGUAUAGUACUUAUAGUACGGCUUAGAACAUUAUAUUAUUAUUUGUGGAUUAUAUAUCUUUCAACCUUCCAGAUCUCAUAGACGAAAGCUUUAUUUACCCAAUGCUUAUACACUUACAUUAAAUCUAUAUUCACUAUUUUCUAGCAUAUGGGCAACUCUUCAUGACCAUGAUGGUUAUCAGAUUCUGGAGAAAAUCCUUUUUAUAGUCCUUAAGUGAAAUGACUAUUUUGGAAUUAAGUAGACUACUGAAAACAUGGCAAUUUGGAAUCAUACAGGUGUGAGUGAAUUCAUUCUGGUAGGCCUGACUGAAAAUCCUAAUUGGCAGGUUCCUCUCUUCUUGCUUUUCAGUGUAGUGUAUUUCAUCAUUCUUGUAGGUAACUGGGGAAUGAUUAUCUUGAUCUGGUUGAAUGCCCAACUUCAUACACCAAUGUACUUUUUCCUUAGUAACCUUUCUUUCUGUGAUAUCUGCUACUCUACUAUCAUUGCUCCAAAGAUGCUGCUCAAUUUCUUGUCAGAACACAAGUCUAGUACAUUCUUUGCCUGUAUUCUGCAGAGUUUCUUUUUUGCAGUUUAUGUAACGACAGAAGUAAUCCUCCUGUCUAUGAUGGCCUAUGAUCGCUAUGUGGCAAUUGCAAAUCCCUUAAUGUAUACAGUUAUCAUGACACACAACAUCUGCACUCAAAUGGUUCUUGCAUGUUACUUGGGUGGCCUCAUUAAUUCCCUGACUCACACAAUAGGUUUACUCAGACUGGACUUUUGUGGUCCCAACAUUGUGAAUCACUUCUUCUGUGACAUCCCUCCUCUUUUGAAGCUUGCGUGCUCUGAUGCACACAUCAAUGAGAUGCUGCUUUUGGUCUUCUCUGGAAUGAUUGCUAUUUUCACUUUUAUCAUCAUCAUGGUGUCCUAUAUCCACAUUAUCAUUGCCAUCCUGAGAAUCCGUUCAUCUGAGGGGAGGCGCAAAGCUUUCUCCACUUGUGCCUCACAUUUGACAGCUGUGACAUUAUUUUAUGGGUCUUUGACUUUUAAUUAUAUCCAGCCAAGCUCUCAGUACUCCAUGGAACAGGAAAAGCUCUCUGCUAUGUUUUAUACCUUGGUCAUCCCUAUGCUGAACCCUCUGAUUUAUAGCCUGAGGAACAAGGAUGUAAAGGAAGCAGCAAAAAGAUUGAUUUGUAGGGAGAACAGUACCUCAUGA